AUGAAAUUCAAAGUCACCAAACUUUUUAGAAGGCCGACUAAUGACUUUAAAGUCUCCAAUGACUCUAAAGACACUCCAACUCUUCAGGAAACAUCCUUGAUUCAAGAUACGUCUUUGAUUCAUGAAACAUCCUUAAUCCAUGAAACAUCCUUGAUUCAAGAUGCAUACUUAAUUCAAGAAGCACCCUUGAUUCAAGAUGCACCCUUGAUACAAGAUGCAUCCUUUAUUCAAGAUGCAUCUCAAAUCAUUACUCAACCAUUUAAUUAUAUCACCGCUUAUCUGGCUCGCUUACCACAAGAUUCCCUCGACUUACUUACCAAAAAUGGUGUGUCAAUACCACAACUUUCUUCCAAAACAUUUGAUUAUGCUACCUUUUUAAGAUCUAUCAAUCUUGAAUCUUUGGAACAUGACAUUACUUCUUGGGUCUUCUCUUAUACUGAUGAACAGAAAAAAAUUGCAAAUGUUCCUCUUAUUGGCCAUGAACUAUUUAAAGAGUUCUUUACAAAAUCUUCUUGCUUUUUUGAACUCGUCUUAAAACCUGGAAAGCUUCUUUCUUAUCCUUUUUUAAAGAUAGUUAAUCAAAUGCCUGAAGCUCAUGCAUGUCUUUCCACUCUGAAAUCUUUUAUUUGUAGUCAAGAACUAGGUGUGUUUGUUGAUAUCACCAUAGCAUUGAAUCCACUAAAUGGUUCUAUUUAUAAGGAGCAUUUAUCCCCUUUUGUCAACCUUGAACACUUGAUACUUAAAAACUUCGGAGAUUAUGCUCAAAAAUUUUCCGCAUUGUCUUCCAUAUCAUUUCCUUAUCUACAAACUUUUUAUUUUUCAAGUUCAAAAGCUCUUGUAAAUUUAAAUGCCUUUUCUAAAUUUAUUGAAAAUUGCAGCGAAAAACUACUUGAAUUUGUUUUCAAUAGUAUCUAUUUAGAAGAUCCUCUUAACUCUUCAUUAAUCUUGAAAUCUCUCGCCAAAAGAUGUCCAAAUCUUAAGACAUUUGAAGGCCCUAUUUCUCAAUCAUGCAUUAAUGAAUUAACCCUUUUUUUGAAUUCUUGUCCUUUUAUUAGUUUAUUGGCUUUUUCCCCUGCAUUGAGAAGUAAUAAUUAUGGUUAUUAUAAUAACAGUGAUUAUAUUUAUGAAGGUUGUGGAGGUGAACGUGACUUUGACGGAUUAUUGUUAAGUUUAUCGCAUGCGAUGCCAAUGAAUCUGUCAAAUUUAAGAUUAGGAAGUGGCUGGGUUAUUUCUGCAAUAACGUUGUACAAUUUUUUAGACGAUAGAUUAAAAGUGAUGGAAGGUAAAGCAAUUAAAUUGCAUUGGGACGAUGUCAAAAUUAUUGGUGGUGAAUUUGAAGAAAUUUAUGGAAAUUAUUGUGAAAAAUGUGGCGAAAAUUAUUUAAAUGAUUUGGAUUACUAUUAUUAUUAUUAUUGA